AUGCCCUUCAUUAUAAGACGUUCUUUGCUUACACCACUUUCUGCUGCUGGGUAUCUGAAAUGUCCUUUGAUGACUUUAAAAAGAUGCUCUUCCAGUGCGGUAAAGCCUGAUAUAUCAACUGAAGCUUCCAAGAGCCAAGAGAAGAACUUUGUCCUUCCUAAAUGUGAGACUCAUCCCGUCGAUACAGACACGGUACUCUGGAUUAUAAGAAACAAUAGAAAAAGGACUGCAACUGAUUACUUCACUCUCUUUGUAAGGCAAUGGAAUCAUAAUCAAAAUUACUAUACCAAGAAAACAAACGAGCCGAUUAAAACAUUUAGAGUACAAGCUAUAUGUUCGAAGAAGAAAGUUAGCAAACUCGCGGUUGUAAGAGUGCGAAUUAAGAGGAGAAUAAUUCAUGCAUGUCGAACCGUAUUACCGGAACAUGGUCGAUUAAGACACGAUUAUCUAUUUUCCGGAAAACUCGACGCUUAUAGUGCUCCGUGGGAGUCAUUAUUAUCUGCCGUACGCAAGUCGAUCAAUAAUCCCACGAUGUAUAACCCUAAUGUAGGAAUUCCGGUUGGCAAAAUGCCUAAUAGAAAAGAUCUAUUUGGCCAAAUUGACCAUGACAGUAUGUUCGGGUAUUGGAAGGAAGAAAAGGCUGGUUCCAAAAAAUUGUCAAUUUCCGAGGAUCAGAGAAACAAUCAACACGAUGGAAGUCGCAAAGGCGGGAUAGAAAAUAGAGGCAAACAGAAUAGAGUGACCAAAGCGAAAAUAAGCAACAAAUUCUUAAUUGAUGAUAAAUAA